AUGGAGAGAGCGAUGACUGCAUCUGAGGUGAGUAAUGCAUGAUUAAGAUUUAUUAGUACCGUGAUGGGCAUAGAUGAAUCAUAGAUAUUUCAAACCCUCAAAUUAACACUCUAUAACGCUGAAUAGGAGGUGACCCCACCAGCUGUGAAAAGGAGUCUUGAGAGCAAGAAAAUUGUCCAAAAACUGGAAGGUUUCUGCCGUAUGCUUAGUCUGUCAGUUGUGUCCUUGGGCAAGAUACUUAACCCACCUUGCUCCCAGUGUGUGUCCUCCACUGGUGUAUGAUUGUGAGUGAUGUGUGGUGGUGGUUGAGUGGCUGUGGAUGCAGAUUGGCAGCCACGUGUCUGUCAGUCUGCCCCAGGGCAGCUGUGACUACUGUGGUAGUUUACCACCACCAGGGUGUGACUGUGUGAGCGAAUGAAUGAUGUAUCCAAGUGUCACUGAUUCUCUAUAAAAUCUGAUGCAGUAUUAUUAUUAUUUUUGCAUAAAUCAUUUUCCCAUAAUGAGUCAAACCAAUCAGAAAGCAGGAGGUGAUUUAGGUCAGAGCAACAUAUGAUUGAUAAUUUACAACCGUUCUACACGAUCACCUCUAAGAAAAUAUUUUGAAAAAUGUCAAACUUUUCCUUUUUGUUCCAGAAGUCCAUCCGUGAUACUCAGCGUGUGUGUGCCGGAGAAGAGGAGUAUGUUCACAAGAGGAAAAAAAUUGUCCUGGAGUCUCUCAGGAGUCUGGGAAUCAAUUGUGCCGAAGUAAGAAAGAAAGAAAGGGUUAUGUAUCACAUCUUUAAAUGAACUUGAGAUGGGUUGUUCGGCUGCAGAUUGUAUGUGUUACCUCAUGCACUGGUAUCAAUAGGCAGAAAUGGCACUUGUACAAAUCUGGGUGUGUCAUUGAGAUCAGGCGCCAGGAAAAAUGUCAAACCCACAUGCUGUCAUUAAAAGUUGGAUCAUAAACUGGAUCCUCCAGAAAAGCUGUACGGUAGCUUUGUAGUAGCAGCUUCUGGGUUUACUGAAAAUCAUUUUCCAACAGAGGGACAGAAGCCUAAAGUGACGAGAAAUACCCUCUCUAAAAUGACAAAAUAAAAAACACAAUAUUCUCCUGUUUAGAUAAUGUUCAUGAUUAUUCCCAUCAGGACUCUGUUCCUCGUAUCGCUGUGCUGGGUUCAGGUGGAGGUGAGAGAGCAGCCAUGAGUCUGUUGGGUUCCCUCCACCAGAUGGAAAAAGACGGUCUGCUGAACUCUGUGCUCUACCUGGCAGGAAUUUCUGGGUCAACAUGGUAACCACAGUCACUCACACAAGCACCAUACAGUAAAAAAAAAAAAACUGUGUAAAAGCAAUACUCAGGAGGUUGUAUCGGAACCAUGACUGCUGGCAGUGAGCUAACAGUGAUUUAUUUAUUGGAUAAGAAGACAGGAAGUUCUUCUUUUGCUCUUUACUCCCCACAUUUCCCAGUCUUUCUUUAUUCGUCCUUUUUCCUUUAAACUCCUGUGGUCCUCUGAUCCACAUACAGAUCAUCAUGGUAAUCUCAAAGUUUUACAUUUAUGCACUUGAAUACUACUUGCAAUUAAGCAAAAAAAAUUAUCUGCCCUGUAUGUAUGCUGUCAACUUAGAGUAUGAGGCAUUGAGCCUUAUGAAACUGAAUUACUGCUGAGCUGAAAAAUAACCAAUUUUUUCAUCAAGUGUCCGUCUGAGUUCUCUGAGUUCAUUUGCGUGCUGCCUGGGGCAGACUGAGGCUCUGGGUUGGGGUUCAAGUCAGAAGGUUCUGUGUGUCCUGCUUUUACAAAUGUGAAGUAAUGUGUUAUGCGGAUGAUAUCCAACUAUACCUGCCUUAUUUGUCGUCUGUCAGGUCCAUGGCCUACCUGUACGGUGACCCGGAAUGGAGCACAAAGAUGGACAAAGCCAUAUCCAAGCUGCUGGACUCGGAAGUAGAUGUGCAUGAGGCUCUGGUGUGGCUGAAUAAAAGAGUGGAUGAUGAGGACUUCUCCCUAACUGAUAUCUGGGGGUUGGUUACCUCUGCUGGAAUCAUGAAACAGGUCCCAGAAGAAACACACAAACUUUAACCGACUAUAACCGAUUUAAUGCAACACAUUUUGGAAGUAUGUAUGUGUCCUUGAAAAGGUGUCUAUUGUUUUAUCAGAUGGAGCUGUGGCAUCCUUCUGAUGAGGUCUACAAAAAACCAACCAACCCCUACCCAGUCUACUGUGCCAUCGAGAAACACUUCUAUAGAGAUGGACCACCAGAAGGUACACAUGCACCUUUAACAUGUCAUACAAAGACCUGCAGUCACUCUGAGUUAUGCUGUUGACAUCAAAGAGCCUCUCUGUCUCUCAGGGAAGUGGUUCGAGAUGAGUCCUCAUGAGUCCGGUUUCACAGAGCUGGGUCUCUUUGUUGAAACUUCUCUCCUGGGCAGCAAGUUUGAGAGUGGGAGGCUGGUGGAGAUGUUACCUGAGAUGGACAUGGUCAAACUACAAGGUGUGUAACAACAGCAGAAGAACAACUACAAGAGCGGUGUUGUGCAGGUUCACUGUGAGAAUGAGCUUCCUGUUUAUGAUUAAUAAUUGACCUUUAAUACGCCCAUGGGCUCACUACCAGUAGGAGGAGCCAAAGGGGUUGGUGCAAUGUUAGUUGGGAGGUAGCAAAAGGCAGAGACCUUGGCGGUCUGACCCUCAGCUGCAGAAGUUAGGUCCCCUCUCUGAUUCCCUUGUUCUGCUGGGAAGGAAUGACCCCCCUGAUCUGAACCCAAGCGGUGCUUUGUUAUUAGAUUUCUGUGCACGUCACAGAUUCUCCAUAACAAACACCAUGUUCAGACAUAAGGGUGCCUGUACGUGCGCCAGGACACCCCAGGCCGCAGUUCGAUGAACAACUUUACGGUCGUGUCGUCAGACUUACGGCCUCAUGUCUUUUGAGAGUUUACACACAGUAUAAUUAUUCAAGUAAAAUAGAGGGGACCCCUUCAAAAUUGAAAGAAGCAUGAAAAAUCAGCAGCUUUGCAAAUGUAGAAAUACAUGUACAGCUGUGGUUCUGCGGAAGAAUAUUUGGCAUGAAUGUUAACAGAUUAUCAUCUUCAAACUGUGCAGGUAUCCUGGGCUCUGCACUGGCAAGUGAAGGGAAGAUCAGAGAGUUCAUCUACAACCACAGUAAAUCACUCUCAUUACAACAUGCAUAUCCAUAUUACAGCACGGUCUCCACAUUUUUACUGGAGAUGCAGAAUUUUCUGUUUUUUAAGUAGAAAGGACACAUUCAUUCACAGUUUUUGUGUUUCAGUGCAGAAAUAUGUGCAUGAAGCGCACGAGUCUGUUCACCACGCCUUCCAUAAAUUCACCAGUAUAUUCAAAAGCCUCGUCGCAGACUUGAAAGCUGUGGUUCACCUGGGGGAGCAGACUGAAAGCAACGGUAAUGAAGAUGAACUCCUACAAAACAGACCUUUAUUCACUGAAUCCAGUUUCUCUAGAAGCUGCAAAGUCAGUUCAAGAUCCCAGCUUUCCAGUUUCAGACAUAAACAUUAUCAGCUGCUUCUCUCUUUCUUAUAAAGCAGCAGCUUAAAUGUCUUAUUUAACAUGCCAUACUGUCCUCAUCCAUCUUAUCUCCUCUAGAUGUUGUAAUGGAGGUCCAGUCAGGGUGUUUGGAUGACAAGGAAGCUCAUUACCAUCAGGAGUGCCAGAAUCUGAUUUGCGUGGUGGAGGAGCGGAAGGAGAAUCUGGAGGAGGGACAUCUGAAAAGUUUCUGUCAGUUACAGGCUGAUUAAACAAAGACAAACAGAUUAAUUUAACCUAAAUGAGUGUAAACACAUCUGUGCAUUUCUGAUUCCUUGCAGAUGUCUUUGUAAAGAAGGCUCUUCAUCUGAUUAUGAAGUGGGAGUGGGGAACCACCAACAACUUCCUCUACAAAUACCAGCGUAAGGAGACAGACCCUCCAGAGUUACUCUCUGUAGAUUUCUCAGAUGAAAAUAUUAACCCCAACCGCCAACACGUGGUGUUGAGUCAUGAUGUAAAAAUGAUUAAAGAGGCUUUGAAGGAUAAUAAAAAAAACCCAUGAUCAGGUAAAUAAAGGUUUUGUUGAAUUAAAAUGUCCUGAUGUUGUGUUGCCAGACUCCAGCAUGCCCAAAAAACUAACUUCUAUGGAGGAUAUCCACCUGAUGGAUGCAGGGAUCCUGAUGAACGUCCCCUACCCCCCAUUUUUGGGAGAAAAGAGAGACAUCGACCUCAUCAUCGCUCCAGAGUACAGCGCGGGGAACCUGUUCGAGGUACUGAGAGCGUGCAUGUAUUAUCAGCAGAGUUUUGUUGAGUUAAACAAAGAUUAAGAAAUAAUAUUCUGUUUACAUGGAUGCAGUUGGAGGUUAUUUUAGAGCCCACAGCCAGUGUCUCCCAUAAACAGCUGCAAAAGGCUGCAGUGCAACGUGACCUGAACUUCUCCAAACAGGUUUAUUUUCAAGGGUUAUGGUAAGCAGACAGAUGACGACUUCAAACGUUCAAACAUAAGUACCUGCCUUUUGCUGCGGGGUGACAAGCCUGUAUUUUCACUGAUGGGGUGUAGCAUUAUUUUGAUAUCAGUAAUUAAACCUGAAUUUUUUUCAUCUUCAAUUUUAACUGGAUAAUAAAAAUAAGUUUACAAGGCGAUUUAAUUUGUUCAUUUGUUUUGCAUCUGGGAAAGUUCUCGUCCUUUUCCAACAGAGGGUGCAGCUGCACCUGCAGCAAACGCAGCUAUGAUGUCAACAUUUCUCUCCUCCAGAUGAAACGACCUACUUGUCUCACAAACUUGACUUUAAAAACAACAUUUCCUGACGCUAAAAAAAGCACUUUUUAAGAAGUGAUGCAUCCUUCAUUAUCAAGAUUUAAUGAUUGCUCUGACUUUUCUCCAGAGUGAGUAAACUAUGAAACAACUUGCACACUCUGCUCUCUGCACAGACUCUGACUCUGGCCAGAGAUUAUGCAAAGGAACUGAAGAAGCCUUUUCCAGAUAUACCCGAUAAGGUCCUGGAGGAGAAAGAUUGGCCGAAGGACUUGUACGUGUUUGAUGGUAAAGAGAAGGCGCCCACCAUCGUUUACCUGCCGCUCUUCAACAACAAAAACUGCAAAGGUCUGCUUCAAACCAUGAAACUCUCUGAUAAAGAAUUUUUCUGUCAAAAUCUUCCUGAUUAUGAACAUCUUUCUAUUCUGGUCCAGAUGCAGACGAGAUCAAAGCCAGGAUGACUGAGUUCUCCACCUUCAGGGGUCCCCUCAGCAAGGAUGAAAUCAGGACCUUAAUCGAGACAUCGAAAGAAAACAUAAAGAGAAACAAAGAAAACAUCAUGGAGGAGAUCAAAAAGGCCGCUCAACGCAGAAACAACAAGCAGAAAUGAAAAAAUAUCUGAACAGAUAUACAACAUGACCACGUCUCUUUCUGCUUUCUUUUUCUCUAACAGAAAAUCAGUGCUACAACAAAUCUAGUCAGCAGGUCUUUUCCUUAAAUGAGUGAAAUCUCUUGAUGAUUAUAACUAUGUUAGAGUUGAUCAGGGAUUGAAAUGAUGAUUGAUUUUGCUACUGUUGCUUUGGUAAUUAUUCAAUCAAUGAAAAGGUCGACUUACUGAUGGUGUCACCUUCUGUAGACCUGUCUUGUGUUGUACUUACUCUCAGAUAAUCAAUGCUUUGGACAAAAAUGUCUGCUAAAUGAAAGAGUUAAAUCCUAGGUAAAUGACCGUGUAAUGUGAUCAUGUUUGCUGAAAUAAUGUGUUACACUGGGGCAUGUGCUUAAAAUAAAGAUGCAUUAAAGGUGUUUGUCUUGGUAAAA